AUGAAGGCCCUUCAGGAAAGCUACACCCAUUCACCUGUAGCUCUUCGAGAGGUUAGCGCUAGUUUGUCCUCCGAUGCACCCGCCCCCAUCGCUAAAUCCUUCGAACAGGUUCCUAAGGAGGAGGCCGAUCAUAUAAGUGAAUCUCCUGAACGACACCACAUGUUUGAUCAAGUCCGAUUUACUCCCGAUCGUGAUCUUUUCACUGGAGCAACCAACUUCCCAAACCGUGACAGUUCUUUAGUCAAAGCCUCGUCUUUGAUAAAAGAUAGAAGAGCUAUUUCCUUUAACAGUCACCAUGUGUCUAAGCCAGAGUCCUCUUCUCACCUGACCAGUAGGGACAACAUGGAGGGACAGUAUUCGGCACCAAGUGAUGAUGUAAUUCAGAAAAUCUCCAGAAGGUUACGACAAGCCCUCGGAAUUUCUCUGUUUGGGAUUGACAUCAUUAUAAACAACCAGACCGGCCAGCACGCUGUUAUCGACAUCAAUGCAUUUCCAGGUUACGAGGGAGUCCCAGAAUUUUUUAAAGACCUGUUGAGUCACAUCACCAGUGUUCUUCAAGGUCAGGUAUCUAACGGAGCGGCAUGCACUUACCUGAGAGUGAAUGGAAUAGCACAGAGCCCAUCUGUGGCCUGUGCGAUGCACUGUGGCAUGCUAGGAAAUGAAAGCAGUUGCUGGUUCAAGGACAGCGAGGAGAUCAAGAGGGACUCCCAUCAUGGACGGAGUUGCUGCGGUGCUUGCAUGGCUCCAAACUUUCACCAGCAUGGCAGAUCUAGUUUAGCAGCAGAGACUUCCUCACAGUGACACUGUGUGACCCAUGCCAAUCUAAUAGAAUAUUUAAUUACCAUUCACAAACCAAUUCAAUCCUCAUCAAAUGGUAGGUGUAUAAAAAAUAUUUUUGCCAAUUGUAAAUUGUGAAGGACAUUAUUACAUUUGUGUUGAUUGUUUUGUCCAAGUUGAUUUGAUUUAAAUUAAUGUUUCAAAGGGGCUACCUGAUCAUUUUAUGUCAUUUGAUCUUCUUUUAAGAAUGUUGCACUGGACUUGAUUUACAUAGAAAGAAUUAAAAAUAUGAUUCAUAUUAAUAUAUUAAUGAGAUACAUAACUUGAAAAGAUUUGGUUGUAACUUUAAGAUGUUGCACUAUUAUUAAAAAAAAGAAAAUGUGGCCAGUUGGCACUAAGGCUUCUCUUGUAGCAUGUAUGAGAACUCUUGCCAAAAUUCUCGACUGGAGAGCUUGAUCACCUUACAUUGCUGUCUGAAGCAAUCUGGUGGUGAUUAAUCUUGAAAACACAGCAAGAGCAACUCUGCUUGCUUUUCAAAAACAUGUAACAGAUUGUAGGGUGAGAUGUUUUUAAAGAGUAAUCAUUUCAUAUCUGGAGGAACCUGUAGUCCUUUAUGUAGUUGUACAUCUUUUUAAACAUCCCUCCCACACUGACAGUGUGGUAUGAGAAUAGAUGGGAUUAUACAUUGUUAACAGACAGAAACAAACUCAUUUACAUACCACUUAAAGGAAUGUCACUCAAAAAUGAAUAUUCUGUCAUCAUUUACUCACCAACCAAUUUCAAGCCUUUAUGAUUUCUUUCUUAGCAGAAAGUCAGUGCUAUUUUUUUCUUCUAUACAAUGAAAUUGAAUGGUGACUAGGGGCCAUCAAGACAUUUUAGUAAAUAUGCACUGAUAAUCUUCUCUGCCAAAGCGCUUCUAUAUUAAGUGGAAUUCACAACAUACAUUUUGGUCUGUUCCACUUACAAAGCCAUUGUAUAACUUCAGAAAGCGGAUAUAGUGUACAAGUUGUAUAUGGAAUACUGUUAUGGUAAUCUUUUUAUGUUUUUUUGUCAUUAAUAUAGCUUGACAGCCAUGGUCACCAUUCAUUUUCAUUGAAUGGAAAAGAGCAGCAUGAACAUCCUGCCUAACAUCUUUUAUGGUCUACAUGAUUUUUCAUUUUUGAGUGAGCUAUUCUUUUAAUACAGUAUGUUCAUGUGAAAAUGUGUUAAAUUUGCUAUUUUAACAGUUUGUUAAGUUUGUGUGUUGGUCUGUUUUGUGUCCAAUUGCUUUGUGGUUUGUUUGUACAUGAUGUAUACGUUGUAUAUAU